CAGCUGAAUCACCGCGCUCCACUUGUUUUGAAAGUGUAAUUCACUUUUUGUAUUUUCUCGCAUUCUGUGAAUUCUCUGAGAGAACAGCGAGCGAUCGCUGAUCGCUUUUUCCAGCUGUUUCGCAGCGUGAACGAGUCAAACGCGGCCAAACAUCCAACGCGAACAGACGCCGCCAGUUGCCACUUGCCAUUAGUUUUAUAGUGCCCAGUACCACACUUAACUUAUCACUCGAACGUGCGCAUCUCACGUACCAGAUAAGGACUAAAAUCAAGAACAUGACCAUCAACGAUUUGCAAGGCUGUCUGAGCGAUGUCUGCGAGACUGCAGAUCAGCAGAAUGGUUCCUAUAGCCAUGCUGACUAUUACUUUAGCUUCUGCAACCUCAUCUCGCACAUUCUUCUCUUCGGGAUCACCGUGGCCGUCGUGUACAAAUGUUUGUUACUGAAGCUGGCGCACACGGCUGGACAUGCGUUCUACUGCACAAUUGGCUUUGUGUUCUUCAUGGGCGAGGCUUUGUUGGUGAGAAACAGCAGCAGUCUGGAGGCAUGGAUCGGACAAACCAACUUGAAUCGCUUGCACGCGGUGCUGGGCGGUCUGGCAUUCCUGGUCGGCGUUGGCGGUAUUGCCAUCAAGACCUGGCAGAAGCUGGAACGGAAACGUGAAGAUCCCAACGCUACGGUGAGGCACUUCCGCAGCAAUCACGGCUUCUUUGGCAUAAUCGGCUGUGCUUUUCUGCUGGGCAGCGUACUGAGCGGCCUAUCUUUGUAUUUCAUCAGCAGCAGUAUCGUUAGCUUGAAAUUCCUUCAUCGUUUCUUCGGCCUCAUUGGAUUCCUCGCACUGAUGGUCUCGCAAAUGUUUGGCUACAAUACGGGCUUCGGGCGGCGCCAAUGGAAAGCCCACCACCAGAAUCUGUUCAAGUUUUUCACAUUUAUUGCCACCCUAACUACCUCAAACUACGAAUUGCGAAGAUUUCUACGUGAUAUUUAUGUACUGAUAUCAAAUAGUCUCUUCGAAGCAGAGCCAGUACAGGCGAGAGAAGAACUUUGAGUGAAGUUUCUCGAAAGAAACGAGUAGGAAAUUAAAAACCAGAAUUGACAAUCAAUCAGGAAAUGCAUAAAAUUAAUUCUUUAGAAACCUUUCAACAUCUUAUAUUUGUUGUUGUUUAUUUGUUGUGCCUUUAUUGGUAUUUUACAUAGUUAUACAGUGCUGCAUGUGAUAAUAUACUUUUGAUUAUUUUAAAGAUAAAAUACAUAACAUUCUCUA